CUGUCUUGGGAGGACUCUUCAGUAUUGUACUCAGGAACAUGGCAUUUGGUUCCCCAAGGCCUUGACGUCGAUGAUGAGAAGCUGGGGCCCAAGCAACAAUCCCCACCAAUCCCACCUCCCCAGGGAGCCAGCUCCGGAGGAGUUAAACACACAGCAAGCAUUGGGACAUCAGAGGAGUGCGGAAUUAAUGAGUAACGCACUGUCAACACCCGCAUCCCCCCCAACUGUUCACAGACGGCCGAUCUCUGCUGGAGGAAUCCAUUCGGAUAUGGGACUACUGGUGAUUAUCUUUGCCUGUUUGCUCCCUGCUGUUACCGAGCAGAAGCCCUCGUAUCUCAUCACCGCCCCCCAUGUCGCUCACGUUGGCCUGGGCCAGACCGUCACCCUGCAAGUCUUCGAGUCCUCUGCCGACGUUACAAUCACCGUCUACUUUGAGAAGCAGGUGGGGAAGGCGACAGAAGUCAUCUCCUCUCGGAAGUACACGGCGCAGCUGAACCAGGGGAACAACUUUACUCAAGUGAUCCCUGCACAGAUUCUCCCAGAGAAGACAGCUCACCUGAACUUCCUCCAUGAGGUGCAGUACGCAACGCUUGUCACUGAACUCUCUGCACCGUUCCACGAGACCAGGAAGGCUUCCGUCCAGCUGAGAUCGAGACCCUACUUCAUUUAUAUAGUGACUGAUAAACCCAUUUAUGCUCCUCAUGAGACUGUACAUUACCAAAUCUUUACACUCGAUCAAGAAAUGAAACCCAUAAACUGCAUGGUUGCUGUUGAAGUGUUGGAUUCAAAGGGCACUGUCUUGUCAACUAUGGAUCGACAAAAUGAAGCCAGUUCAUUUCACACUGGGGAGAUCAGCAUUGAAUCCAAAAUGAAUGGAACAUAUCAAAUUCGGGCAAAAGUCGGCGAAAACUCUGAAUACUAUGGUUUGAAGAAGUUUCGAGUUCAGGAGUACAAGUUCCCCAGGUUUGGUCUGCAGAUCAUCCCGGACUAUUGGUACUACAUGGUGCACAAUGACACAUUCCCACUCACAAUCCAAGUGGAGAAUAAAAUGGGCAGCAUUCUGAAUGUUACUGUGAUGUUUGGGAUUCAUAAAGUCUCUGGCUGGAAGGUGCCUCUCCCAGAGCUGAAUCACUGUCUCCAGAUGCGGCAGGGGAGAGCACAUCUGAAUCUGGUAACAGCAGAGCUUCUCCGCAACGUGAAGAAGGCUGGAAAGUUGGACGAAUUCAUUGGCAGCACCUUUUACAUUGAGGCAAAGGUGUCGGAUGACAAAUAUACAGAAGAGAAGGUUCUGGACAACUUAACAUUUCGACUCUCCCACUAUAACAUCGACUUUGCAUCAAUGAAACCAUACUUCACACCAGGAGCUCCAUUUUAUGUCCCGGUAUCGGUAACCUAUCCCAAUGGCUCCCCCGCAAUCAAUGUUUCACUCCACAUAGAAGUAAGCAUCCUGAAGGAAACGAUAAUUAAAGAGUCCAUUGAAGGACUGACCGACCAGCUCGGCGAGGUAGCCGUUUCGUUUACCGUUCCCCUGGAUACACUCUACAUUAAUGUCACAGCCAGAGUUGGAAAUGCGAUGACUGGGUUUGAAAAGAAGCAGGCAGUGGUGAAGAGACACCGGUCUGACAGCGGCAGGUACCUGCACAUCGAGGUGCCUCAUGUCCUCCUGUUUCCUGAAGAUAUCAUCACCGUCAACCUGACGGCUCUAGGCCUGCUCGAUACUGAUCGCAUUCGUUACUACUAUUACAUGGUCCUCGGCAAAGGCAAAACGCUGGACUUCCAGAGAAUUGAGGGGAGAUCAGAGGCCUCGUUCCAGCUGGUCAUCACUCGGUCCAUGGUGCCUUACUUCCGCAUCGUUGCCUAUUACGUCCUGCAGGAGAAGGGCAUGCGGGAGAUCGUCUCCGACUCGGUCCGACUGGAGGCCGAGAGUCUGUGCGAUACCAAGUUUCAGGUGUACUCCGCGGUACACGAGGAAGGAUCCCAUCACCAGCUUCUCCUGUCAAUUAUGUCGGAUAGCCCGGCCAAGCUGUUCAUCCAAGCCACAGACGUCCAGCUGAAAGCGUUUUGUGCCGGCGACUCCAUCACCCCCAGGAUGGUGUUUGAAGAUCUGAAUUCCACUGAUAUCGGUUUAUCGUCUGGAAGUGGGAACAACACUGCGAGUGUUUUCAAGGAUUCCGGACUAAUCUUCUUCUCUGACCUUAUGACACUAUCUCCAGAGCCACACAUUGAACAGUCAGAGGGGAUGCAGGGGCCUUCAUGGAGAACUGACAGUGGACAGGCGCUGGUGACUAUCAGACCAAAGGACUCAGGACCGCACAGAGACAAUGUUGACCCAGUGCAACCUACCUUCAGUGAAAGCUCAAUGUGGAAGCUGGAUGUAACUUCAGUGAACAAAACCUUCAGGUUCGUGACUGAUGUUCAUCCCCCUGAGUCUUGGGAGGUCCAAGCCCUCAGUGUGUCUGAGGAGAAUGGGCUGUGUCUCGCUGGACGCUUGCUGGUUCAGACAGAAGGAACCCGGUCCCAGUCCAAAGCUGCACCAACGUUGGAGGGAGCUACGCAUUAUGAGGAGACCAGAGCAAGAUACAGACCAAGUGCCGGAAAAUGGGAUUAGUGGCAAUCCCUGGCUUCUCCCGCUGGAUGGAUUGAAGGUGCCGGAACCGCGGACAUCCCACAUCCCUCUCGGCGAGGCCCCAGGAAGGGGUGAGGCUCCCGGAUGCUCCCUGGCUGCUUCUGUCCCGCACGGAAUGUAUUCCCACCGCACUGUAUCCAAAUAAAGUCAGACCUGACAUCUGAA